UUUCUUCCUUUUUCCACCGUGCAAGAUUGCCUCUCACAAUCUCAUCCUUAAACAUUGAUUUGCCAUAGACUAUUAAUCAUUUAGCAACUUAAUUUAUCACUUUAUUUGGAAAAUGCCUCUGAAAUUCGAACUUGGUCCUGGCAGGAUGAUUGGGGGUUCUAACCCCUGUUUCAUUAUUGCAGAAAUAGGACAGAACCAUCAGGGAGAUAUUGAAAUCGCAAAGAAAAUGAUCAAGAUGGCCAAGGACUGUGGGGCAGACUGCGCCAAGUUUCAGAAGAGUGAACUUGAGUACAAGUUCAACAAGCGUGCUCUGGAGCGUCCGUACACCUCCAAACAUUCCUGGGGAAAGACAUACGGUGACCACAAGCGCCACCUUGAGUUCAGUCAUGAACAAUAUAGAGAGCUCCAGAAAUAUGCAAAGGAGGUUGGAAUCUUCUUCACCGCUUCUGGAAUGGACGAGAUGGCUGUGGAGUUCCUGGAUGAGCUUGAUGUGCCCUUCUUCAAAGUUGCCUCAUGCGAUGCCAACAAUUUCCCCUAUCUGGAACUGACUGCAAAAAAAGGACGGCCUAUGGUGAUAUCCAGUGGGAUGCAGUCAAUGGCGACAAUGAGACGGGUCUAUCAGACCGUCAAGGAACACAAUCAGAACUUCACCAUCCUACAGUGCACCAGUGCCUACCCAUUGGACCCUGAGGAUGUCAACCUAUGUGUCAUAGCAGAAUACCAGAAGGAAUUCCCUGAUAUUCCUAUCGGAUAUUCUGGCCAUGAGAGGGGAAUCAGCAUCACCGUGGCAGCAGUGGCAAUGGGGGCAAAAGUCGUGGAGCGUCACGUGACCCUGGACAAGAGCUGGAAGGGCAACGACCACGAGGCGUCACUGGAGCCUUCUGAGCUGACAGAGCUGGUCAGAGCCAUCCGCCUGGUGGGGCGGGCCCAAGGCACGGGCAUCAAACAGAUGCUACCCUGUGAGAAAGCCUGCCAUGUCAAGCUGGGGAAGUCAGUGGUGGCUAAGGUGGCGAUCCCCAAAGGCACGGUGCUGAGUAUGGAUAUGCUGGGGGUGAAGGUGGGCGAGCCGAGGGGCGUCUCUCCUGAAGACAUGGCUCAGCUGGUGGGCAAGGCCGUCACAGAGGAUGUGGAGGAGGAUGGGAGCAUCACGCCACGUAUGGUGGACGGCUACAACAACAAGGGCUGACAAACAUGUUAACAUGCUGACUAGACCAGUGUUAUGAUACUGAUGGUAUGUCAGGACAAAUGGUCUGUUUACAUGUCUACCAUUGUGGCUAGAUGGAGUAGGCCUACAUCUUCAUCUAGUGGUCAUGUCAGCAUUGUAGCAACGCCUAACCCUUAUCAUUUUCCUCACUUUAACCUCAGUCUCCUAACCUGCUAUGUUAUUUCACCAAACCUAAUGUGUUGGUUCCCCUAAUCAGCCACGUUAAUUUCCGCAACCAGCUAUGUAAACAGACCAUCAAUCCAACAUACGAUCAGUAUCACCAGACGGCCACGAUGCCUGCGGGAGCGUUGCAAAAUCAAUGUGCUAUUAUUCAAUCAUUUAACUGCUCAUGCGCAUCAAUGGGCGUCUGCAUAGCCAGGCGAUAAAUAGAACUUGGUUCUAUUUCAGACCCUUAAUGCCUGCAAGUCCCUCCUCUCCCAUCUGCUCAUUGGUUUUCACGAGCAUACUAACCCACCUGGGUGACUGAAAGACGAACGAGAAGAGAUUCAUCAAAGAACGCUAUCUGAAAACGAACUAGGCUUCCCCUUUCAUCUGUGGAUUCAUUGUCGGAGUGGAGAACAUGAUUUUGUAUGACCCCAAAAAUUCUAAAAAGAUCCAUCAAAAAAAGGGACGCUAUUUUUUAAUUAAACUAACAAACCAAUGUUAUGACCCAGGGCAAAUUAGCUAGCAAUAGUUCCAUAACCAUGAAUGAGUCGUGUGUUUCAACCUGUCCCCAAAAUAAUAUAGUGUAGUUUGUUUUGCUGAUUUAACCUGCGUGUAUGAACGUGUCUGAUGGGGAUAGUUGAAAUGAAUAUGUUCAUGGUGGACGCACUUGAGGGGCUGGUUUGGUGAAGCGGCAUUCGCAUGUUGAUUUUGUCCAUCCACAUCAGAUGCGAUCAUGACACUAAGGUUAAAAUAUCAAAGCCAACUGUGAACAAACUAUAUUCAUUUGUGGACAGGUCGAAACAAAAAAUGACUUAGGAAAAUUGCAAUUGGCUCAGAACAUUUAGGUAGCUAGCUGUUGCUAGUUAGUUUGUCCUGUGAGAUGAACAUUGAGUUGUUAUUUUACCUGACAUGCAUCUUUUCCUGAAUUUAGCUGUUUCUUUGUACAAUUUUGACCCGGAGUCGUACAAAAUCGCGUGUUUCUCUACUCCAACGAUAAAUCCACAGAUGAAAAGAGACACCUAGUUAAUUAUCUUCAAUGAAUCUCUCCUCGUGUGUUUGUAUCUUUUUCCUGAUAUCCAAUAAGGAGGCGACAAUCAACACACUGUGCAUCUCAAAUAGAACCAAGUUCUACUGUAGCUCUUGGCCACGCAGAGAUGUGGGGGAAAUGAUUGAAUAACAUGUAAGUGGAACAAAAACUUCAAGUAAAAACUCAAAUUGGAAAAACUAUUUAGUAACCUGAAAUAAAAUAAGCAAGAAAAACAUUUGAAAAGCUAAAACUAUAUUGAAACUACAAUUUCAAGUCUGAAAACUAACUAAACUAAACUUAAUUUCAAAUAAAAAAUCAAAAAACAAAUAAAGGUUUUAUAUUAAAUUACAAAACCAAGUAACUUUGGUGAUCGGUGAGGUUUGCUUGUUAGGAAUCACGUUGGCUCUAUUAAUUGCAUUUCUAUCUGCAACGUUUGACUACUGAACAUGGCACUGGGCGAUGUAUAAUCAGAAGUAAGUUUAAAAAAAUAAUAAUAUUGAUGGAAACAAACAGAUUAGAAUAUAGUAGACUUGACUGUCUAUAUAAGGUACAUUUAUUUACAUAUGUGUGGUGGAUGUUUACUUUACUUUUCUAUAUCAGAGGAUGUGAAAUAGAAUUUGGUGUUUAAAAGGUCAAAUACAAUGUAUACAAAUAAUGAUUGACUACUCCUAUAAUAAAACAUUAUUCAUUA